CAUAUUACACAGUUGCUAGGACCAAUAACCAACGCUAUUUCAUUACAGGUCCGCCUGGAAUUGGACUGACUUCGCCAACGCAGAGAAAAGUGUAUAUAAACCUACCCGCUGUAGGAUUGUGAUAAUACCCACACAAAGACCUAGCAUGGUUGUAAACGACACUCCAUCUGUGGCGGGGUGCUGCUGGGGAUAUUAGCUUGUAAUUAAGUCAUAACGAGGAAAAGCCCGUUACCUACACUGGAUAUAUGACAGCAGUGGUGACAUUAUCAAUAGCGGCAAAGGAUACACAUGUGUAAGCUUGGUGACAGUAACGACAGGGAUACUUAUAUGUAUACGUUGGCGGAAACAGCACAAACAUAAUAUUAUCGUGUAAAUAACCGGAUAUUUACACAAACGCCAAUGGUGGAACUAUGCACAUGCUCAUAUAUCUAUUGGUUAUUAUUAUCUACAGUACGAUCCCAAGUUUUAUACGAGGACGUAUAGAACAAAGCCAAGACAUAGAAAGUCACACUAAUUUAUUACAAGCUAUCCUAUGGGAGGAAAGGCGUUUUGAAGAUAUAGAAAAACGUGCCCAUGACCAUGUGAUACAGGAGAACACAUUAGAAUGCUGUCCUACCCACACUCGGAGAAUUGCUCCACUCGGAGGCCUUUCUCGUGAUAACAAGUUACUACAGCUUUAUAGAGAUACCAGGACAGUGCAAAGGUUUUACGAAAAAUCAUGCUCGCCUUUUGUAUUAAAUAGAGCGUGCCGAUUUAUAGACAAUACAUAUUAUUCAAGAUGCAUUCAAGACUAUACAUACAUGUAUGCCAUAGUGAAAGAUUUUAACGUGACUCAGCCAUACAGGGUGGAUUUCAUGCGUGUGAAAGCGGGAUGCUCGUGUAGGGUAGAGCAACAGUCAGCGGAAGUGAUUGAGUUAAAGUGAUAUUUCUAGUUUAUAGUGGAAGGUCACAGAGAAAGCAUUAAAAUGGAUAUAUUUAUAGAAAAUAAGACACGUACCACGUUGGCUUGAGGACGUGCUCAAGCUAAAUAGUUUGUAUUCUAUGAAGUUUAUUGUUUCACUCCCUUUUCCUUCGUUUCAUGUCUCCCUGGGAUUCCACUACCUUUUCUAAAAGAAGGCUCAUUCAUUUCUUUUCCUUUUCAGCUUGUUCUACAACUUCUAAAAUAAAAUCAUAAAGAUACACGAAUGAUUUAUCUAAAUAAUUAUCUUUAAGUUUUAUUCUAUUAUCAUAGAAAUGUUCAUUGGCUCAUGUUCCUGGUUUCGUCAAAUAUCUAUUUCUGUUGUAUGUAUCCCUUGAGCAUUUCCAGAGAUCUGUCACUAAUAAUGGUAACAUUUUAUACGUCACCGAUCCCAUGCUUUUAGCUCGUAAUUGAAUGAUAGAAUAUUUAACGUUGAAUUUACUUCCUAUACUUUGAAUUUCCUAACAUGAAACUGUCAAUCAACCCAGAGAAGGUUGGAUGUUUUUAUUGCUUAGAGUUUUGUCACAAACACCCACGCGUAACAUUGCAUAUCUGUUUUAUCACAUAAGGUUAUAUAUACGGUUUCUCUAGAGUAAUACCAUGACAUAUGUAAAUUAUAUUAAUGGUUUCCCAAAUAUCGCAAUAAGCAACAUAACGUAGGUAAAAAUAACAUGUUUUACUUAAGUUGAACUCAGUGAAGAUACAAAAUCUGUUCCAUCCCACAUUGGACACGAGUAGAUUACAUUAACAGGUGGGCUGGAAUGAAUGUCGUUUCUCAAACUGCAUAAUUAGUAGUGACAAAUAUACCCUUCUGUCUCUGAUUUAUCGAAACUUUACUUAUUCUAUGUUUUUCGCAUAAUGGUUUUGCUGUAUUAAGAAAUAUUUAUUAAAUAAACAUUAAAAUAUUGACUAUAUUUUCA